AUGUCUGCAACACGGUUUCUACGCAAGCUAUCGCUGCGCAACAGCAGCCCCCAACGGGCCGCGUACAUCGCGGCGCUCGGCCUCAUCGGCAUCCAAGUCAGCAUCGGCGUUAUCAUGAAGACAGCGCAGAGCGGCGGUUCAUAUGCCUUUUCACCAUCGGGGUCCAUCACCAUCUCCGAGUUUCUCAAAUUGAUCCUCUCUUCGAUAUUCUUCUACCGCGAGUGCAAGACCAGAGUUCAGACGGGCGUUGGGCCCUCGACGCGAGGCUCGGAUACGGCGUAUGCGUCGCUGGCGGAUGAUCAUCGCGACUUGGAGAUUCAGGAUAAAGAUAAGGAUGCGUCGUCGCUUACGGCGCAGGAGGAUGAGGGAUCAAGGGAUUCGGGACAUUCUUCGGCGCCGGUGCCUUUUGGGCUACGGACGUUUUGGGGGUAUGUUCGUGGUGAGGUGAGGGGUGAUGUGCGAUUCGGGUUCUACAACCUGGCGCUGAUUUACAUUCUUAUCAACAACUCGCUCUUCUUGAGUUAUAAGAUGGCAGACCCAGGCACGAUUCAACUCACAAAGAGCGGCGUCACGCUCAUCACCGCCUUGGUCAUGAUUGCGACUCUCAAUCAGCAGGUGUCCAAAACGCAAUGGAUGGCAAUCACUAUGCAGCUCAGCGGCCUCAUCGUCACACAAUACCAGCCUGGCAAAGGUGCCCUCUAUUCGCUCGACACAUACGCUCUUCUCCUCUUCCAAGUAUUUCUCAGCGCUUCGUCGGGUGUUUACAACCAAGUUCUCCUCAAGGCCGACGAUAGCAGUUUACACGCCAACAACAUGAUCUUGUACGCCUCCGGCACAAUCGUCAACUUCGUCUGCCAUAUCAGCAUCAAGUGCGUAAGCUCUAACGAGCCGCAUUUCUUCCAAGGCUACGGAAGCAUUCACGCUAUCCUGGUCAUCAUGAGCAAUGUCUUUAUUGGCCUUGCGAUUACCGCUGUGUACAAGUAUGCCGACGCGCUCGUCAAAUGCUUUGCGACCGCCUUCUCCACUGGAAUACUGCUCUACUUGGCACCUCUCAUCUCAGAUACAUCCCUCAGCUUUCUUGUUGUUCCUGGGACACUCAUCAUUUUUAUCGCCACCUGGCUCUACAUGGAGAACCCCGCUCCAAAGCCCACCACCACGACCAAGUCUGAUUCCGAUCCCAAGACUGGCUUCUUUUCCAAACUUGGCGCCGUUGCUCAAAAUAAGAGGGUGCUGUUCAUCUUUUUCAACACUCUCGUCACGGUCAUGGCUGUGAUGGCCCUGGCCAUGUACCAGGUGUCCAUGCCAACCAAGUCCAUAGAGACUGCACCUAUUGACACAAGCACGGUGGCAGUGGCAGCCACGCAAGAAAGCGAUGCUCCAAAGAUCGUCACAUCACCUUUCAAGAAUACCAUGGCAUUCAUCAGAUGGAACUCUGUUCAUCCCGAACGCAUUCCAAUCCUGAUGAAGUACAAGCCCUUCUUCCGCGACAUUCACAUCUCGAUGCCUGAGAUGAUGAAGCCUGAAGGACUCAAACCAGAGUUUCAGAACAUUACCCAUGAUCAGAGCACGCUCACCUUUCACAUCUACCAGCAGGUGGCCGAUACAAUGCAAUUGAUUCUCGACCAGGAACCCGAGAUUGACGGCCUCAUGUACUAUCACUUUGACGCCUGGCUCGACCCUCUGGCCUGGAGCGACAUGGACCGCAACAAGAUCUACUUCCCCAUGACCUGGCCCGAGAUGAAACCUGUAGGACCCCAGUUCUCGUGCAUGAACGACACCAAGGACUACGACUGGGGUGGUUGGGGCGGACCUCACUACCAUCUUAAAGCCCAACUUGCAAGCGCUCACCUGGACCACUUGGACCUGGGCUUCAAGAUCGACAUCAACGAGUUCUGCGUCGGCUGGAGCGACAUCUACUUCAUCCCCCGCAAGUUCUUCAAGGACUACAUCAUCGCAGCCCCCAUCUUCAAGUCCUUUGACGUCUUUCACGAGGUCGGCAUCCCUACCAUGCUGCACAUCAUCGAGCAGAGCCAUCGCGAGUCGCCCUACCUGCCCGCCAUGGAGUUGUUUUCAGACUGCUGGGGCUAUUGCUGCAAGGAUAACCCUUCCAUCAUAGACGUCACAACGUAUCGGUGCGGGCACCGACUCGACUACCGCAACGAACAGGUAACGGGGGCCUUUUACGAGAAGCUCGAUGCGGAGGCGAAAUAUUUGGGACAGCCUGUGAAUGGGUCACAUAUGGCGAACCUCACAGAGAUGUUUCCGCCAAUAAGAGAGGAAGAUAAAGCGAAAUUGCCGUCGACGAGGAGAAAAAGCCAAUAG